AUGGUCCAGCUUACUGAAGUUACUGCAUCUACUGAAAACUUGCCUGCUGCAGAAGCAAUUGUUGAUGAAAAAAUAGAUGCUGGUGAUUCUGCUGCCAAUCCCUUACCUACCGAUGAUGAGAAUGAUGACGAUUAUGAGGAUGAUGAUCUUUUUGAAGCUGCUGAAGAACUAACAGCGGCAGCAAUUCUCGACCUCCAAACACAGGGAAAAAAGUCUUUGUCAGACAGCGAUGAUGAAGAUGACGAUGUUCUUGAAGAAUCAUUGCUGGAGCGCUUGGCUGCUCUUGUGGAUAUUGUUCCUCCAACUGCUCGAGCCCAUAUGUGUAACACUGUUGCAACCACAUUUGAUUUGGCAUUCAUGGCUGGCCGUAUACUUGGAUCGGCUGCAUGGGUGAUUGCCACUGGUGGUAUUUUGGUCUUUUUGCCAUUGGCUUUGUCUGUAGAGAGAGAGCAAGUAGCCAUCAUGCAGGACCAGCAGAUGCGUCAGCAACAGCAAGUUGCUCAACAGGCUGUCAAGGAAAUUUCAGUUUAA